AUGUAUUUUAUUAAUUCAGUUUUGAUACUGUUAUUUGCCUGUCAGGCAUAUGCUGCGAGUACCGUCCCUCCUCUUCCUACUGAGGAUUCGUUCUAUACCACUCCUUCUGGAUUUGAGCAGCAGCCUCUUGGAGCAAUCUUAAAAACUAGACCCAUUCCUGGUAGUCUGGGAUUUUUGAUUGAUCCUGAAAAGGCAAAGGCCAGCUACCAAUUUAUGUAUAGAACUGAAGAUGCUCUGGGUAACCCUAUUGCUGCCAUCAGCACUAUUAUUGGUAAGUUGAUGUGA